AUGAAAAGGCUACAGCUCCUGAGAUGGAGCGGUUCAGUGCUUUCGCCGCGGAUAAGGCAGCCGACCUGUACCAGAAGCACGCAGUCUUUUCUAACUCUCAUACGGCACCAAUCCUCCGCACCCUCUCCGCCCCUGCCAGAACAUGAACAAAGUAAUAAUCUGGAUUUUGCGAUACCUUCUCCCUCACAAGAAGCGGCAUUAAAGUCCGCGAAACUUGCCGCCCUGCAUUCCCGACUUUCCCUCCCCGAGAGACUUCCGCUUCAAACCCUUGCUAGAACACUGGUGGACUCCUCAGCUGAUCCCUCUUUACAAUUCAACAACAAAUCCUUUGCCGUACUGGGAAGCAAGCUCCUGUCUUACUAUACCUCCGAGCACAUUAUCUCUACCUAUCCGCGUCUGCCAAUGGGCGUAAUCUGGGCUGCUGUGUGGGCGUACGUGGGACACAAGGCCCUGUCAGCUAUAAGUCAGGAAUGGGGUAUUGAACAUGCCGCCGCGCCUGGCUGUGAAGUCGACCCUGGGCUCCUUCAGUUCAAAAGACUGCCUCCACAAACAGAUAUGGUCGAAAACGGGCACACACUCCAUCGCGGUGUGAGCGCAAGGAUUGUGUACGAUAACGAGUUCGGCGAGCGCCCGUCACAACCCUCUCCCGGCGUUGAAGGAGUCCCAACAACUCAAGCGAAUGCAACUUUCGUCCAAGCGCUCAUGGGUGCUAUCUACCUACACUGUGGACGCCCAGUUGCGAAACAAUUUUUCAAAGAGCAUUUUAUGAGUCGUCAGCUUCCCGUAGCUGACCUUUUUAGCUUUGCCCAACCCACGAGAGAUCUCACCAAGCUAUGUGCUCGAGAAGGUUUCGAGCGCCCGGUCGCUAGGAUUAUCAGCGAAACCGGCCGUCUCAGCAGACACCCCGUCUUUGUGGUGGGCAUAUUCUCCGGGGCAGACCUGCUGGGCGAAGGAUCUGGCCCCAGUUUGACAGAGGCUCGUUUCAGAGCAGCUGUGGCUGCCUUGAAGGGAUGGUACCUUUAUAGCCCCCUUACAGUGAGGGUACCGAGUUCGACGGAAGAGAGUGACGCCAAACCAUGGGAACCGGCAAUGGUAGAUCCCGGUGAAAUUAUUGUAUAAGAAAAGGACAUAGAGCAAUUGGGGCAACAGGAGAAUUUGGGUUUGCUUCUUUGUUUAUCAUUUUGUACAAUAUUCGGCGUUGUUUGUUGUCUUGAAUUUACUCGUUAUAUAUUUGCCGUAUCGGAUUUCAAUACACGCAUACGUUGAUAUCCUCC